CGCACAGUCAGAGGAUAAUCGCAGGUGGUUAAGGGUUACAAUCUGCCGACAAAAGGCGAGAGGAGCAGGUGUCGGAUUGUGGUUGUAAAGCAUCAUUCUGACGCUGACUUGUGGAACAAUUCUUCUUUCUAGAUCGAGACUGUCGUGAUUUCUCUCUCCCUCGAUGAUCCACAAUGCGGUCCUCGGCUCGGUUUGUCGCCAGUUGCGCUCUCAUCAUCCUCUGCAAGCUCCGGCUGAUUGACGGGGCCAAAGAACAGCGGCAGUGUAGUGAGGCGGACUACUACUAUGAGUACACGGAGUGUGACAGCACAGGAUCUCGCUGGAGAGUGGCCAUCCCGCAGAGCCAUGGGGCCUGCGCUGGACUACCAGAGCCAGUGCGCGGUACUGAGUGCACCUUCUCUUGUGAUGCUGGGGAGUUCCUGGAGAUGUCAGCUCAGGAGUGCACCCAGUGUGCAGCAGGGAGCUACUCCCUUGGCAGCGGAAUACGCUUCGACCAGUGGGAUUCCAUGCCGGCUGGAUUUAGUAGUCUAGCAACCUCGCUGGAAAACAGUCCCAGUGGGGAGGACAGGCUCACCUGCAAUAGUUCUUCCUGGGUUCCUCAAGGAAACUACAUGGAGUCUAACAGGGAUGAGUGCACAGUCUCUCUUAUUUAUGCUGUCCACCUGAAGAAACAGGGCUCUGUGAGCUUUGAGUACCAGUAUCCAGACAACAACCUGCUCUUCGAGUUCUUUAUCCAGAACGACCAGUGUCAGGAGAUGGAUACGUCUUCUGAUGCGAAGUGGCUGAAACUUACCAACAAUGGUGAAUGGGCUAAACAUACAGUGAACCUGAAAUCUGGCACAAACAUCCUGUACUGGAGGACAGGAGGAGUCCUGAUGGGGGCCAAAGUGGUGAAGCCUGUUUUGUUAAAAAAUGUUCAAAUUGAGGGAGUCGCUUACACUUCUGAGUGUUUUCCGUGUAAGCCGGGGACAUUCAGCCAUGUCCCAGGAUCCUCCACAUGUGAUCCCUGUCCUCGCAACACCUACUCUAGCCAUGGUGCCAGCUCCUGCACCCCUUGCAACACCACCACCCAUUAUGCAGCUGAGGGCUCUGGUGUGUGUAGUAAAAGACCUCCAUGCUCCAAGAAGGACUAUUUCCAGAUCCAUACAGCAUGUGACCAAGAAGGCAAGACUCAGGUCAUGUACAAGUGGAUUGAACCUAAGAUCUGUCUGGAGGGGGUGCCUGGAGCUGAGCCUUUGCCUCCAGGUGGAGAACGAGAGCCUUGCCCCCCUUGUAACCCUGGUUUCUAUAACAACGACACAGCCACCUGCUCACCAUGCCCACUUGGGACCUAUUCUGAUGGGAUGAAACCUUGUGUGCAGUGUCCUGCCGGCACUGAGCCCACCCUGGGUUACGAGUAUAAAUGGUGGAAUGUUCUUCCUACGAACAUGAAGACCUCCUGCUUUAAUGUGGGAAACACCAAAUGUGACAGUAUGAAUGGCUGGGAGGUAGCAGGGGAUCAUAUCCAGAGUGGAGCAGGGAGCUCAGAUAAUGAUUACCUGAUCCUCAACAUCCAUGUCCCUGGAUUUAAACUCCCCACGUCUGUGUUCGGCCAGUCAGGGGCAGAGUUUGGCCGCAUCACAUUUGAAUUUGAAACUGAGUGCAAAGCUGACUGCGAGCUCUACUUCAUGAUGGAUGUAAACAGGAAGAGCACAACAGUGGUGGAAUCAUGGGAGAGGACAAACACAAGGCAGAGGUUCACACACAUCAUGACAAAAAAUGCCUCGGUUUCUUACACCUGGGCUUUCCAAAGGACUAACCAACCUUCAGAGGUGCGUAGGCAUCUCAAUGACAUGGCACGGAUCUACUCCAUCACAGUAACUAAUGCUGUAGACGGGGUAUCCUCUGGAUGCCGGGCUUGUGCUCUCAGCACUCAGCCAUCUGGCUCUGCAUGUGUGCCGUGCCCAGCUGGACAUUACAUAGACACAAGCACUAACCAGUGCACAGAGUGUCCACAUAACACAUACCUUGUGUCUCAUGCUACACUGGGCCCAGAUGCCUGCAAAUCCUGUGGACCAGCCAGCAAGAGCGAUAAGGACCACAGCUUAUGUUACAGCGACUGCCACUUCACACACACAGACGGAAAUGUUACUCUGACAUAUGACUUCAGCCUCCUAGGAUCUGUGGGAUCUCUAAUGAAUGGUCCAAGCUUUACCUCUAAAGGAACCAAAUACUUCCACCAUUUCAAUAUCAGCCUGUGUGGAGGAAAGGGUCAGCUGGCAGUGUGUACUGACAAUGUAACCGACCUCUCCAUUGCUGAGAAAGGGGAUGGAUCCAGUGCUGUCAAGACCUUUAUCUGCCAGUCAACAAUAAUCCCAGCUAAUGGACGAGGUUUCCAUACAGCACUUGCCUCACAGUCCAUUAACCUGGCCGACACAUUCCUGGGAGCAUCAAUAAAUGACACACUUAACGGAAUAAAAGCAAGACCUGAGCUGUACCCACAGACCUCCAAGAAAGUCCCUGAUGUCAACUUCUACUACAGGUCCUUAGAGUCAACCUCGUCGUGUGAGUCAGGCCGGAGUGCAGUGGUGACACUUCGCUGUAACCCAGAGAAAAACUCUAAAGGGGAGCUCUCAGUUCCUAGUCAGUGCCCUGCAGGAACCUGUGACGGCUGCACCUUUAACUUCUUAUGGGAGAGCUCGGGAGCAUGUCCUACAUGCACAGAAAGAGACUACCAUCAGAUAGAAGGAGCCUGCAAGGGACGGCAACAGGACCUGCUCUAUGUGUGGACAGAGCCAAAGCUGUGUAUAGGAGGUGUGACCUUGCCUGAAAAGAAAACUUUGCCCUGUGAAGGUGUGGAGUUUUGGGUCCGGCUCGGUGCAGGACUUGGAGCCUUCACCGCAGUGCUGCUCAUCUCCCUCACCUGUUACUUCUGGAAAAAGAAUAAGCGAUUGGAGUACAAAUACUCUCGCUUGGUGAUGUCUGCCAAUAAGGAGUGUGAGAUGCCAGGAGCUGACAGCUGUGCCGUGAUGGAGGGAGAAAAUGAGGGAGACAUGGAGGAUGAAGUUGUAUAUACAAAGCCUUCUCUGCUCGGAAAACUUAAAGCCAUAGCAUCCAAGAAAAACGGAGAAAGCUUUGAACAUGUGCAGCUAAACUCAUCUCAUUCAAAAGCGCUGGUUUGGAGCUAGAGAGGUGGAUACAUGAUCGAGAGAGAUUGGACCUUCAAAGAGACUCACCACUGAACAACCCAUUUAACCAACCGCCCCUUUCAUGAGCCUCGGUACCUGGGAAUGUGUGUACAUCCCCACACAUCCACACGCAUAAUGCACCUGGAGCCAGGGCUAGGAGUCACACAAGCACUUUGGCCUUAAAGCUUGGUAGGACCGAUCCGUCCAGCGUGAAGCGGAGGUGUGUGUUGGAAACCUCCAGGUAGUAUUGUAGUUCGGACCGAUGUCAGAAAGGCUGAUAGAGGAGCUCAGGGGAAGAUGAGGACCUAACGGAUCAAUUUCUGUUUUCUUAAGACAAAUUUCAGUUUAUGUGGUGUGGAAAUGUGUUUUGAAAGCCAGGUGGUGGUUUCCUGUCAGUGUCACCAGUCUGAAUGUACAUCUGUCUCCUUUUCACAGACUUUACUGUCUUCUCUCUUGUUUGAUCUGCUGCUGCCGAUUUCAGAAUGAAAGUAUCGUGUGAGAUAAGUGAAGGCUGUGGUGUGUGUCCAUGUAUGUCAAAUAAAUUAUGAUGUAUUUAUGUAAAAGUGGACAAUGUUUUAUUGAUCUGAAUGGUUCAAGAAACCAACUUAAGGGCUCUGAGAUAUUUACUUAAACAGACAUAAGUGGAGUAACAAGUAAGGUGAUGAAUAUAAAUCUCUACAAACAUCAACAUGGUUAACCAAUUUUGAUGGAACAUUUGAGAGCAAAGCUUAUACUUUGAAUCCUUAAAUUGCAAAAAUAGUCAACAUCACUUAAGGGGUGUUACAGGCAGCCAGAGAUAAACAGCG